AUGGAGAUUGGACUGAGCUAUGGCAUCAUUAGAAACGUAGAUCUAGAUCAUAGUGAUGAAGAUAUAUUAAAAUUAGUGACUUGCACUGAGAAAGUAAUUUCAGCCAAAAGAUUAAACCGUCGAGAUAAAGGCGAUGGUCGUUGGUGCCCGAGUGAGGUGGCACGGCUAUCCUUCAAGUGCUCGAAACUGCCACCUUUCGUCUACGUUGACGGCUUACGAAUUAAAGUAGAGCCCUAUGUUCACCCGGUGACUCAGUGUUUCAAAUGCUGGAAAAUUGGCCAUAGCAUUGGAAAUUGUACAUCCAAAGUUUUUGUGUGCCCUAAAUGCGGAGGCGAUCAUCCCAACUGUGUAACUACAACUUUCAAGUGCGUCAACUGCCGUGGUAACCACAUAUCGAUGGCGAAGACCUGCCCAGUAUACCAAAAAGAGAGGAAACUUCGGGAGUUGAUGUCCGAAUUCAACUGUACAUACAGAAAGGCAUUGACCCUUUACGCAGCCCCACUACCAAGACCUCUGGAGGAAGAAAUACCUUGCACGAAUAGUCAGUCAUUCCCUCCAUUAAAGCAUAGCCCACAACCAGUCUCUGAUAAAUCGCCAUGUUUUGCAUCGUACAGUAAUGUUCUUUCAGAAGGAAGAGACAAAUCUAUUUUGACCCGAAACGUGCAGGAUCCAGUACCUGGUACAUCCAAGCUUGGAUUGUCGGAUAAAAAAAUAAAAAUUCAAAUCAAAAACGAGAAAAGGGAGAAAACCGCUGUUGAUCCACCCAAGAUGGAGAAUAUAGAAUUUAACACUCAAAGUGACAAUGAAUCCCUCGAGAACGAAGACGGGAAUGAUCGGAAAACGACAUUUAAUGAGCUGUUAAGACGGGUAAAGGAGGUGUCACAGAAUAGGGACCGUGCGCGUUGGAGGGUCUACCAUCUUUUGGCCUGAAUCGGAACAAUAAACAUGUAAAUUUACACGUCACGUGUUUUCUUGUGCAUAGUAGGUUCUGCCAUCUUGUGGCCUACAUUGGAACAAUAAACAUCACAUUUACGCCUCGCGCUUAAAAUCUGACGGCUCCUGUGCUGCCUCCUAUAGUUCAUGCACGCUCCCUAUAGUACAUUACGAUACAAGUGCGAAAAAUAGGAAAUUCGAAACGAGUGGCUAUAAAUUAAAACACGACCGCAGGGAGUGUUUUAAAUCGACACGAGUUGCGAAUUACCUAUUCGCACAUGUAUCGUACAACGUUUUACAGUACAUAUGGCCCUUUAAUGUUCGACGCAGUAACGUAAUAUGCUAAUUUUCGCACUAGUGCUAUAAAGUAGCACCAUGUGUACUGUAAAGUAUUAAACAUCGUCGGUCGUCCAAGUCGUCGGAAACGUAGUGAUUAUAUAAUAUAUGCUCUUUGGUCGUCGUAU